AAUACAUUAGUUCUGUUAUUGCAAAAGAUUCAGGAAACAUCUUUGUUUAAGGAAUUUAAUCAGAAACAAGCCUGUUGCAGUGGAUGGAGGAGUCUGGUAGUCCCCGCUUCAGGAAGCUCCACUUUCCUGUGGGCCUGUGGAUAAAUUCUCCACGAAAACACUUUGCCAAGCUGGGAGCACGCUGGCCCAGUGCAGCAUCAGUCAAAUCCACCACAAGUUCAGAUGCAGCCUCUGUGCAUGAGGUACCGCCCUCAGUACCUCCAUCUGUCCUCUCUCUCUCUAGUCCCUCUCUGGCCCCACCGUCCCCCUCACCUAACCCUUCCUUUCUCCGCCCUCGGCCAGCCAAUCAACAGUCUCGCGCCAAACGUCUGUCCCACCUGUUCCUGAGAGGACGGUCUAAUAGUGAUCGUGAUCGUGCUAUUGGGGAGCAUGAGAGGGAAGUGUGGGCUCAUUCUGCUACUCCAUCGUCGCAUCACUACCUACCCCCUGCAUCUUCUUCUGCCCCAGGGCUAGUCAAGAUCUAUGGCGAUGCUCUCUCUAGUGGAGCUAACUACCGUAGCCUGUUGGCUAACAUUCACUCCACAGCACGGCAACUCAUCCAGCAGGUCAUCACCAGAUACACUGAGAGAGAGAGGGAGAAUGAAAAUGAAGACAUAGCUUUACAGAAGCAUUCUCCAGAGGACUUCCUGUUGUGUGAUGUCAUCGGAAAGCCCAUUAAACAGGCAGAUGGAGCUAUACAAUGGGAGACUGAGUGUCGGAGAGGUGUAGCUCCCUGGGAGUGUCCCCUGCUCCUUGUUGAUAUGUGGAGGCCCAAGGAAGGCUUUGAACGUCGCUUUGAGAUCCAGCGGCGUGACGAGUAUGAGAGGGAGGAAAGAGAAAAGGAGAAGGAGAGGGAAAGGGAUGGAGAAAACAACCAAGUUCGUUGGAGACGGAGUCGCAUGUCUUCUGGUGGGGGUCCUGAAGAAGAGCGAGGUCACAGGGGCCGUAACACCGAACUCCGAAGAAGCAUCAGCGACAUGAACCUGAGCCUCAGACGUCGCCAGGGCAACCAGCCGGGUAACGACCCCAGACGGACUUCCAACACCCCAACCGGCAGAGGAGCUCAGGACAGGAACAAUAUUGUGAGCAUGAUGGCAACAGAGCCAGUAGAGGUCACAGGAUUGAGGGGUUCAAGUGAAACGAAGCGAUGCUCUCAAGCAGCAGAAGACGAGAAAGAUUCCUGUGACCUGGAAGUGAUGUCCCAGAGCCUGAUACUUCCACCCACAGACCGCCCUUACUUUCUGUUGCUACAGGGCUAUGACCAAAGCAAGGACUUUGUUCUGUACAUCAUGGCGGGCCACACGCAUGUUUUUGGGAGGAAGCCGACAUUCCGUGAAAGGGAAAAGGACAGAGAGCGGGAAAGGAAAGGGAAGAGGCCUCUCAGAGUCGACACUUUCCUCUCGGCUCCUGACCUGCUCAUUCGUCACCUACUCAUCAGGAGGGACUCAGCUGUACCUGAGCAGUUUCGCGGUCAAGUUCUGAUCCGUCCGUUCAGAGGAGGAGCGGUCAGUCAUAAUGGAGCUGUCUUGUACAGAGAGGCAGUGCUUAAGCCUGGAGAUCUUAUAGGGCUUGGCAGCCACUUUCUUUUCCUGUAUCGUGACCCCAGAGUGACCCCUGCCCCACCACUAGCACUGGCCCCACCCUGGAAGGAUGACAUGACGGUUGCCUUUGGCCCUGGGAAUAUGAUAGACAGACAGGAAGCUCUCAGGCAGUAUCUGGGAUCCACUGAGGCAGUGCUGAAAUUUCAAGAAAAAAACACAGACAUCCUCCUACAGGAAAUCAUCUUAAAGAAUUCAACACCAGAUUCAGGAGGUGGACCCCUAGCACCAGCUUAUUUGCUGUCACUAAUGAUUGACCAUGCUUCCAAACAUCUUGACCCAGCACUGACACCCCAGCUCUUGUUAAAGGCAGCCAAUCAGAUAAAGGCAAUUGUGUGGGACACCAUUAAAGAGUUUGGAGACAAACAUCCUACACAAACUUCUCCAGACUCAGAGGUUGACCUUCCUCCUCCAAGUGUCCAGAAACUGUCCUCUGAUCUUCGACCUCUCAUGUUCUGGAUGUCUAACGCCACUGAGCUCCUCAACUUCUUCCAGGUCAAGGUUGAAGCUAUGGAGAAGGAGUGGGAGUUCGAGGCCCCUGGUGACCCCAUUCUGUCAGCUGAUAUGGACACUUGCUCCGAUGCCCUGGCACAGCUAGAUGAUGUCAUCAUGCACACCUUCCAGCAGUGUGUGUACCACCUUACCAAGACUCUGUACUCUCUCCUCCCAACCCUACUGGACACCAACCCUUUUUCGAGUGAGGACAAAGAGAAUCAGAAAGCUGCAUCAAGGGAUGGAGACGAAAACAGAGAUGAAAGAGAACCAGAUGAGGGGAGCGAUGUGUCCAACCUGCCCCCCACUGUUGCUGGACUGGUUGAAGUGUAUCGCUGCUCGCUGCAGCUGACCCGUGAGGCCUGCCUGUCUCCCCCACUCACCUCCCAGACGUUUGGCUACCUGUUCUUCUUCACCAACACCUCGCUUCUCAACACUCUGUUUGAAAGAGACGGUUUAUUUUCCUGGUCUCGAGCAGUGCAGAUUCGUACUAACCUGGACUUGGUAAUGGACUGGCUACAGGGGGCAGGACUGGGGGACAUUGCCUCAGAAUUUCUCAAGAAGCUGUCAGUCAGUGUCAACUUCCUGUGUAUUCCUAAGACCCGCCUUAUUCAGUCAUCUUGGGCCAGCCUACAAGAGGACCAUGGCUUGCUAAGCCCUGCACAGCUGCAUCACCUACUGACCCACUAUAAACUGGGACCAGCUAGAGCUCCACCUUCCUGUUGGGCUCCACCUCCAGGCACUGAUCUCGGAGGGGACAUAUUUGAGAGCUUCCUAGACCACCCGCCUCUCAUCCUACCCAAUGAGACGCCAAGCCUGGAUCUUACUCAGCCAAUCCCAAACAGUGAGCUCCAAAAAGAAGUGACACGUCUACGAACCUUCCUGUGGGGGAUGGAUCAGGAUGAACUCCCUGCCAAUCAGAGAACUAGGUUAUAGGAACAGAAAUUUUCAAAAUAUCGGGUAAUCGUGGUAAAUAUAAGCAGAAGACAAAAAAGGCCUAAGCUGUUAGAAUGGAUCAAAUGUCUGUUUAUCAGCGAGUUGCGAUGAGUUUUUUAUAAAGUAUUUCUUACUAGGGCGCUCAGGUGGCACUAUCACAAUACUACUCAAUACUACAUCCAGCAGACACAAUUGGCCGUGUCUGUGGGUGGGAGGGUCAGACAGGGGUUCUCCCCUCUGCUGCUGACUCACCGAGCAUGAUAAAGCUUUGUGUGUGGCCUCGCUGCUGGCCGUUAAAUAAAAAGCAGCUGGUUUCUGCUGCACGUGUUGGAGUGAGCAUGUGACAGUCUGCGACUAGAAUGGAAUAGUGCAAGCGGCAGAGGAUUGCAAUACGCAAAAGGGAAGUAGAUUAAAAAGAUAAAGUACGUACAUGUUUAAAUCUAUUAGAAACUGAAAUUCUUUAUGAAAUCCUCUGACUUUAAGUAGUGUCCACUCAUUAGGGUUUAUAUUUAAUUAUUACCUGGGCCUGGGCCAGGGUUCUUUUUUUAGCGACUUUUUAUGUAUCCAAUUACCCAAAUGCAUUAUGCUUCCUCUCUACUGAUGCUGAUCCCCACCCUGAUUGAGGAGAGCGAGACUGACACAUGCCCCCUCCGACAUGUGGGCAGUAGCCGACUGCAUCUUUUCACCUGCAUGAGGCGAGUUCAUAUGAGGAUCAGCUUUGUGUACGAAGAGCCAUACCCUGAUCAACAUAUCCCUCGUCUCUGUGCAGGCGCCAUCAAUCAGCCAGCAGAGGUCGUAAUUGCAUCAGUUAUGAGGAGUCCCUAUCCGGCUCCCACACUGUACGAACAACAGCCAAUCGUUGUUCAUGUAUGCGCCCAGCCCAGCCGGAUGGCAGAGCUGAGUUUCAAAAUGACAAGUUCGAAAUGUCAGGUCUGGUGUGCUAGCGUAUUUUAUCGCUGCGCCGCCUAAGUGCCGGGUUCUUUCUGUGGGGUAUUUGCAUGUUCUCUCUGUGUCUGUGUGGGUUCCUGUGGGUGUGGCACAUUCCUCCCACGCGUCCAAAACUAUGCAAUCAGGCCAUUGCUAUGAAACGUUGCCUAAGUGUGUAUGUGUGUCUGUGAAAUUGUCUGCCAUGUGAUGGGCUGGCAACCUGUCCGGAGUAAAGGAUGAAGUGCCGGUAAAACGAACAAUAAAUGAAUGAAUAAAUGAUGAUACUCUUUAUAACCUAGAGCAGGGGUGCAACACAGAAACAAGUACAACAGGACAAGUACAAUUGGUAAAAAUGAGUAUUCUUUCUUUUUUGUAGAACCAAACCAGCUAAUUAACUAAUAAGUUGAAUUAAAAGUGCUUAAGCAUGAAAUUUACUGUUGUGCACCAUUGAUUUUGUGCAUCACAUGACCUAAUUGCUUGGUGUUUUCAUUUUCAUUUCAUUUUCAUUUUCAGCAUUUAGCAGACGCUUUUUAUCCAAAGCGACUUACACAAUGAGCAAUUGAGGGUUAAGGGCCUUGCUCAGGGACCCAACAGUGGCAACUUGGUGGUGGCGGGGCUUGAACCGGCAACCUUCUGUUUACUAGUCCAGUACCUUAACCACUGAGCUAUUAUGUUUUAUCAUAAGGGUCAUUGCCUGGCUGCAAUGGCGACGUUUGUGUGGUUGUUGUUCUGUUUUUGAUAGGAACUUUGUGUAUAACCACUUCUUUUUAGUUUUAAGAAUAAAAUUGUUGUGGCAUACUCACUUCAUCAUACACAUGGACACAAGCAUGUAAAGUGAUAUACACUUAUAAUCACAAUAUAACACUAAAGCUUAUAAUAAAUGUGUGUGCCAUAUUUAAAAUAACAUCUUGUUAGAUUUCAUUUUCUUCCCAUUGGUUUUAUAUCUGUUUAUUUACAACAGCUUUUUUAAUAAAAUGGGCUUUACACUGAUAACCUUUUAUAUCUAUAAAACAGAUAACCUGACAACCCGUGUACAACAUCCUCUUCUCAUUUUAAUACCCUGACAUCACAUCUUUUGAUGCAAAAUGUUCACAUAUAUGCAAUAAAUCUUCCAUCCAUGUGUUUUGAUUUGCCAUGAUUUAACAUGAUGCCAAUAAAUAU